AUGUCGCGACAUCGCAACGUUCGAAACCUAGAUAUCGAUGAGGUUCUCGAUGAGGAUGAAUUCGUGGACGAUUACGAUGAGAACGAGCUUGACGAGACCCAGUUAUCCAACGAGGACCUCGAUAAUUUAGAGGAAGGAUUAUCCUAUAUUUACAGUGUGGUGGGCGAAAACGUACCUGUAUCCGCCACAGAGAUAAAAGAAGCACUGUGGUAUUAUUAUUUCGACAGAGAAGAAACCGUGAAUUGGGUGCUCGAGAAAAUUGCUAAAUAUGAAGCAGAAGAGAAGAAGCAAAAAGCAAAACAAGCCAAGAAAAACGCUGCACAAGGUAACUAUGGUUUUUCAUUGUUUGAGUCAAUGUUGUCCCGUUGCCCAAAGCCUGUCAAUAGGAUCAGUUUUGCAAUUUUGCUAGUUUUCUCUUUUCUUAUUGAGAUGAGUCGAUCUGCUUCUUCUCCAUAUUGCUUAAAUCUUUUAUGUUUUACUUUUGUUCAUACACUUGUAAUGGCAAUUUCGCGGGAGAAAUGCAAUGGGGCGCGUUACAAAAGGUAA